GUCUCGGUGCCUCGUGGAGACUGGACCUAUAGCAGAACAGACAAGUGAGUACUCUGCUGUAGUCUGAGCUGAAGGAGUGGAAGCUUGCAAGAAGAAUCAUGGCUGCAAGGUUUUGUGGAGUCCUUGUCCUUGUUGCAGUGUUCCUCAGUGGGCUGAAUGCAUCAAGACCAGCUUUAAACCAGGAACUAUCCAAUCUUUUCAAUGAGCUGUGGAGGCUGGAUGUGAAUCGCAUGACGCCUGGCACAGACUACACAAUAUCUGUUCAGGGGAGAGCCAGUUUUGUAAGCCAGGGCAGCCACGUUGUGCAGGAUCACGCCACACAGCCUCUGUUCUCCAACGUUAAUGAGACCAAACUAAAGACUACGACCACCACCUCCAGGUUCAUGAAACUCCUGGACAACUAUGAGCGGUCCACAGGCGUGACAGAGCGAGUCACAACAGAGGAGCAGACUGAGAUUAAUCUCUUCCUGGAUGCCGUCUUACAGACAGAAGUCAUGAAGCGGACUCAUAAGUACCUGGUGAGCAAAGGACAGUCCAGCGCCGACUUGAGGCUGUUUAAGAGUCAGCUAAACUCGAUCUGGUUCAACCUCUACCGCAGACAGAGAAACACAGGCCUGGACUCCUGUGGAUUCGAGCAUGUGUUUGUCGGAGAAACAAAAUCUGGAACAGAAAUUAUUGGUUUUCACAACUGGAUCCAGUUCUACCUGCAAGAAAAAAACAGUUUCUUGGACUACAAAGGAUACAAAGCCAGGGAGCGUGACUUACCUGAUCAAGACGACCAUGUUCUGAACCUCCAGUUCAGUUGGCACAAUCUGGUGAAGCCUGUUGGAAGCGCCUUCAUCGGGACCAGCCCCGAGUUUGAGAUGGCACUCUUCACCAUCGUGUUCCUCAUAAACACAGACAGGAGCACCACGGUGCUGGUCAACAUCGACCAGUGUCAGAUGGAGCUGGUGGUCAUCAGACACGGGCGCUUCCUCGGCACAGCAUAUCCCAAACUGCUCAGCAGCAACAGCAGACAUAUUAGGCAGCAUGCACGCUGAAUUGACUUCUGAUACAAAGUGAUACUCACGUCUUUGUUUGGGAACAUGGGGCACAAAUGGACUGUGGUUUGGUUUUGCUUAGUGUAUUGCAAGACACACAUGUUCAUGUCUCUAUUUUUAUCAGGACUGAAUUAUUUUCAUAAAUAACAGUUUCAAUAAAAAAAUAUCUGGUGCUUUUUAAAAUCAAAUAUUUGGUGUUUUUUAUGUUUUGUCUUCAGAAAAUGAAAUCACUUUCAAUUAACCUUUGUAAUACACUUAAAUCAUAUCUUUGCAGUCAUGCAAUUAAUUAAAUUGUGAAUAUGUAGAAGAAAUUCUUUAUUUACAUAAAACCUGCAGUACCACAGUGUGGAAGUACCCCAGUACAUUAUGUUGUUGUACACUGUUAAAUGUCCUCAGGUAUCAAAACUACAUAUGGUGUUACUGUUGACAUUUUAGCAUAUGACCAGUAUUUUAAUGCUGCAGGUGGUCUGUGUAUAUUAAUGCAAAAAGCUGCAAGUAAAUUACUAUUUCUGUCUAUUCUUUCUAUCUUUAUCUGAGUUUUAUUACAUAACAGAGACAAAGCCCAUUGGCAGGACAAGUCUAAUAAAUGAAUAUAUCAGAUGUGAGGCCACGUAAAGCCUCUAUGUUGUUAUCCUAUUAAUUAUUAUUAUUUUUGGGGAUUAUAAAAUAAAUGCAGUAAAAGUAUAUUAUCUCACAAAAUUGAAACAUUCAAAUAA